AACCGAUGCGCAGAUUACAUGUUAGCCCAGCUAUGGUUGUGUUUGAUAAUCGGACGUAUUCAGUGAAAUCUAUCUAACGAGUUUACAUGGGUAGAUUUUAAGCUUAACUAGAGCACAGCGAGGGUAGAAUAGAACUGCCAUAUUGUUAUGUGACACUAGUUGACCAAAAGGAAUCAGGAAGUUGAAAAAACACGAGUGUGUUUAUUUUUAUUUUUGUUGACUUAUAAGGGUAUUGGAUAACUGUUACGACACGCCUGUGGUCUAAAGACCAGACAUGUUCAAGAAAAAGGCUCCACCACCGUCCCAGCCAGGGGGCGGACGGCAAUCCGUGUCUGAGCCAGAUGCACCGGAACGACCACCAAAGCCUGGUACCAAACCUAAAGAAGCCACGCCUACCCCACACGAUGAUGAUGACAUGGACGACGGCACGACGCUGUAUAAUGAGGUGAUGGACAUCGUUAACAACGAAGAGAAGAAUGAGCCGACUUUAUACGAGGAAACAGCCCAAGAGUCCCGGAGGUCGAAUGUGCCCGAGCCUAGUCAGGAGGAGUACACAUUCGUGGAUGAAGGACCAGAGUCAAGAUCCAAACGAAAAAGUUUCACUUACCCGAACUUUACGCGAACCAACUCAAAUAACUCCACCUAUGAAGAUACAUCUGAGAUGGAGAAGAUAGUGGCUAAUAAAAGGAUGCAGACUCCGCUUCCCGACCUACCGACCAGCCAUCCGCCAAAGAAAGAUCCACAUUCAAAGGGGAAAACACAGAGUGAUCCUCAUUUACCUCCAGACGUUCCAGCCCAUACAAGCGACGGUAACGAAGAGAAACGGCGACCAUCUGCCGGUGUCGGCGUCUUCGGCGGAAUGUCUGUAUCCAUGGACACGAUCAGGGAGAAAAAAGCGAACCUUCGUAAGGUGCCGUCGAUUGCCGAGGAGCCGAAAUCUCCCGAGCCAGAGACUCAGACUAUUUCGUUCAAAUCACAGCUGAAACCUGUCAAUAAACCGCAAAUAUCGCCUAAACCUUCGGUGGGACAGACUCACAAUGACCACACAACGGACUGGAGCAAAGGUCUACGCAAAACAAGCUCAAAGUCUCCCCCGGUUUCCCCACGCAGUCCGACUUCCCCUCCGAACUUUUCGACUGCCGACGAUCCCGACGCACCUCCGCCGCUCCCAAACCGUCCUUCUGGUAAGGCCACGAGUCAAGUGCAUGUGGCGCAGAACGGUUCGUCCGACACGAUAGUGAAACAAUCGCACGUCGCGCAAAACGGCUCAACGGGUGGUCCCCGUGCGACGAGUGAAGCUCAGUUCGAGGAGGAAGACACUUAUGCGGAUGGCUUUAGUCUGAUCGAGCCUCUGAGUUCCAGCGAGUGGUUCCAUGGCUGCUUGUCGCGCGAUGAUGCGGAGGCAAAGCUGCGUGAGACAAACCAGAACGGGGCUUAUCUGGUGCGGAAGACGGACAAGGAUAUACCGUACAAGGAGAAACCCUACAUCCUGUCCGUUAUGACGAAGGGGGAUAUGUACAACUUGAUUCUCAGGCAGAGGGCAGACGGGAAAUACGCCCUUGGCAAAGAGAAGGAAAACGAAUUGGCGUUUGAACGUGUUGAAGAAUUGUUGAAAUUCCAUAAAACUGAGAAAUUGGUGCUCAUUCGUAACGGACGGGAAACGUUUACAGUCCUCACCAGUUAUCCAUCAGCGGAAAGAUGAAAUGCGUUGCUAUCACAGUCUCGGAAAAGAAAUGACACGCAAUCGUAAGUCUUUAAAUCAGCCAAUGACAUGCUACGAUACAGCGCAUUCCAAUCCUGGAUCAGAAUUAGCCAAUCGCACGCUUCAACAGAAACGUCCUAUCAGAGCAACCAAUCAGUAUCGUCGGAACAGAUUUGGAUUUCCAAAUAGUCAAUUGAUUUCUACAAUUGUCAACGUAAAGCCUAGAAAUGGCAAAUAGCACAGAGCUAAACAUUUCAAUUAUGCACGACCAUAACCAACCAAUUAUGAACCACGCCAUAUGCUAGACCAAAUACUCACAAUCUCAUUUACCUUCCCAUUCAUUCCAAUAUGUCAUAUUUCAUAUGUGUGUCUCCAUGCAUUUAGAUGGUAAAUCAGUGAUAACUCACUCAUACAUGUUGUAUUCUAGUGUAUUGUGCACUUAUAGUUAUUCACAGGUGGUUAGCGUGUGGCUAUGAUAUUAAUUAGUGAAAACAUCAUUUUGAAUGA